GUUCUCCAAGGACGCCACCCGCUCUCAAAUACUACAGGUCUCCAAAACUCCAAAUAAAAAAAAAGGAAAAAAGAAGAAAAAAAAAAGAAAAAAAAAUCUCCUUUCCCGUUCAAGUGAUCGGAGAAAAAUUUGAAUGGCGAGAGACAGCUGCUUGGCUCGCAUCACCGCGGGCGCUGCCGUCGGUGGGGCUGUCGGCGGAGCAGUCGGUGCUGUUUACGGGACUUAUGAGGCUAUCAGAUAUAAGGUUCCUGGACUUUUGAAGAUAAGACACAUUGGUCAGACUACUCUUGGAAGUGCAGCAAUCUUCGGGCUCUUUUUAGGAGCUGGAAGUUUAAUUCAUUGUGGCAAAUCCUACUGAAGCCAAGCUGCAGUUUUGCGAUCUACUGUUCGUUAGGAUCGGAGUUUAAUUAUAAAACAAUUGCAAUCCUAUCUAAGCACCUUGUAUGCAUGCUGGUUUGUAGUCAUCAAGGAAAAAUCAGAAGUAUUGCAGUUGAAUUUUUAAUUUUUAAUUUUUAAUUUUUAAUUUUUAAUUUUUAAUUUUUAUUUAUUGUAUGCACAUUUUUAAAUUAGUUUAUAAGAGGGAUAAUCUCUUUGAUUCUUGAAUA